CUUAAUUCAUCAGCCUGAAGUGUUUGUAACUCUCUGCCCUCCAGCUUUUAGCACCAGAUAUCACCUAGAAAGGACAGGGGGGCCCAGCCUCAGCUCCCGCAAUGUGCCAAGUGGAGUUUGAGAUGGCCUGCGCUGCUAUCAAGCAGCUGAAGGGACCUGUGAGUGACCAACAGAAACUGUUGGUGUACAGCUUCUACAAACAGGCCACCCAGGGCGACUGCAACAUCCCUGCCCCGCCUGCCACAGAGGUGAAAGCCAAGGCCAAGUGGGAUGCAUGGAACAAGAACAAAGGGAUGACUAAGAUGGACGCCAUGAGGAUCUAUGUUGCUAAAGUGAAAGAACUGAAGAAAAACGAUACUGGUUAAGGGGACUAAGUGCCAAACACAAUGAAGUAGCAUGGCUCCUCUGCUAGGGAAAAGGGCUUCCUAAGAGACCUUGAUGGCUGAAAGGUCCACCUGAGACAUCAAUAAAUCACU